GCUGGAUACCAGAGCGAGAGGAGAGAGUGAGAGAGAAGCGAGCCUUUYAAUCUCUGCGGUGCAGAGCUGGAAAAGCUCCUUCUCAGCGAAAAAGAAAGGGGGGAGAAAAGCAACAACAAACGCCUUGUUGAUUUUUCCUUCUUUUUUUUUUUGGUGCCUUUUAUUUUCCUGGAGAAACAAAAAGGGGGACUUACAAAGCAAGAAGUUGCAACGUGGACUGGUGUCUGUCUCAGCGAGCAAACGGGGUAUUGCUUCAGAUUUUUUGCUAUUUAUGCUGAUUUAUUUGUGACUACUCUUCUGCUGGAAGGACUGAGAUUAUAUUUCUUCCUUUUUUAUUUUAUUUUUCACUGAGGCGCACUGCUUUCCACCUCCCUGCCUGCUUGGUCCCUGACAGAUUAUUCCAGCAGAAGUAGGCUACAUGACGCAAACACUGAGCUGAGCUGAAAGUUUUUCCUCCACAACUUUUUUUUCUCUCCCCCCUCCCUCCUAUCAAGCCGUGUUUCAUGCUACAGCAAGUCAGCGCAGAGCGGUGGAGGAGCCAAAAGAACUAUUGCAUGAAACAAGGAAAGAGAGAAGAGACUCUGAUUAGUAAGUCUGUUUUUGCGACGCUCGCCAGUACCUUUGCGUAUUUGCAGAAGAGUCGCGACCCCAGCAUGAGUGCGGAGCUGAGCAUGGGCUCGGAGCUGCCCAGCAGCCCCCUGGCUCUGGAAUACGUCAACGACUUUGACCUGAUGAAGUUCGACGUGAAGAAGGAGGGCCUGGCCGGCUUUGAUCGCAGCGGGGUGCGCCAGUGUACCCGUCUCCAGCCGCAGGGCUCCGUGUCCUCCACCCCCAUCAGCACGCCCUGCAGCUCGGUGCCCUCCUCGCCCAGUUUCAGCCCCACAGAGCAGAAGCACCACCUCGAGGAGCUGUACUGGAUGCCGAACAGCGGGUACCACCAGCAGAUGGACCCGCAGACGCUGAAUCUGACCCCGGAGGACGCGGUGGAGGCCCUGAUCGGAGCCACGGCGCACGGCCACCCUCAGCCCCCGCACGUCCAGCAGCAGCUGCAGCAGCAGCAGCAAGGCGCCUUCGAGGGCUACAGGGGCCCGCACCACCACCACCACAGCCACCACGGCCACAGCCAGCAGCACCACCACCCGUACGCGGGGGGCAUCCCGCACCACGCCGAGGAGCUGUCCGGGCAUCCGGGRGCGCACAGCCACCCGCACAGCCAGCACCACCAUCACCACAGCCAGGACCCCGACAGCCCGUCGCCGGUCUCCCCGGAGUCCCUCCACCACCACCGCCACCACCAUCACCACCACCCGCACGGCCACCUGAGCCAGACGGCGGGGCACCACGGCGCGGGGGGCGGCGGGCUGAACGUGGAGGACCGCUUCUCCGACGAGCAGCUGGUGUCCAUGUCGGUGCGGGAGCUCAACAGACACCUGCGGGGCUUCACCAAGGACGAGGUCAUCCGCCUCAAGCAGAAGAGGAGGACCCUGAAGAACCGGGGCUACGCGCAGUCGUGCAGGUUCAAGCGCGUGCAGCAGAAGCACGUGCUGGAGAACGAGAAGACGCAGCUGAUGAACCAGGUGGAACAGCUGAAGGCGGAGAUCAGCCGGCUGGCGAGGGAGAGGGACGCCUACAAACUCAAGUGCGAGAAGCUGACGGGCUCGGGGGCCAGCAACGGCUUCCGCGAGGCCGGCUCGACCAGCGACAACCCGUCAUCCCCGGAGUUCUUCAUGUGAGUUGUCAGCCUUCACAACAAACCCCCCCCCUCCUCCCCCCAUAAACUGAUCCUUUCUCCACAACUGACUGACUUCACCGAUGAACAGAUGGUAAUAACCCCCUCCUCCCACACUGUUUGAUUAAACAAAAAAAUUAUAUUCAUAUUAAAAGAAUAAUCCAUUAGAUAAUAUUCUCAUAUAUAAUCAUCUCUCCAUCAACAACAGAGUAGAGUUUGAGCAGCAUCUUUGUAGAUUAGCUGGUGGGAGUUAAAUACUUUUUUUUCUAUCCCUCUUCUUUAUAAUAAAAAAGGAGGCUCGGAUGAUGGAACUUCCCCCCACACCUCCUCUCAAGACUGCAGCUUUUAAACAAUCUGUAAACCAAUUUUGGGGGGAUUUUGUUCAACAAAAAAAAACAAUAAUAAAUAUUAAUAAUAAUAAACAUGACCAACAACAAGCAGGCCUCGCCUCACAUUCGACAAGUGGGCCCGCAGAAACCAACGUGACUCCACUUUUUUAUGCAAAUUCAACUUGUUGGGAGA